CAGAGAAGCCAGCACUCGCUUCUGAUCUCCUCUGGUCUGCAGGUGGAUAACACAAAGACACGGAGAAGAGACACUUCUUUGGAAGAAAACAACUUUUAACCAAUUGGACUAAUCUUUUUUGCGCAUUUUUCUCUUCUAACGGAUCACAGAACACGCACAUUUUGCAACCAUGCCCGUGACAAGGAUGAGGAUGAGGCCGUGGCUGGAGAAGAUGAUCGAGUCGAACUCCGUCACGGGUCUGAACUGGGUGGACAAGGAGAAGACGAUGUUCUCAAUUCCCUGGAAGCAUGCGGCCCGACACGGCUGGGAGCUGGACAAGGACGCCAGUCUGUUCAAGCUGUGGGCCAUCCACACAGGGAAGUACCAGGAAGGUCAGACCUGUGACCCAAAGACGUGGAAAGCCAACUUCCGUUGCGCGAUGAACUCGCUGCCUGACGUCGAGGAGGUGAAGGACAAGAGCAUCAACAAGGGCCACCAAGCCAUGCGCGUCUUCAAGCUGCUGCCCACCACACCAAAAUCUAGAGACAAACGGACCAAAGCGAAGCAAAGCAAGACAAUGAAGAAGAGCUCAAUUGUCAAGAUGGAGGAAGAGGACAGCGACACUCCCAUGGAUGAGUCAAAUGCAGAGGACACUUCCUCCGCUCAGGAGAACACGGUCGACAGCACAGUGAACACUGAGGAGGAAGAUUUCUCAUUUGUGACUCCGUCUGAAGUCCCCGACUGGUCCAUGUCAGUUGAGAUUGGGGCAUCGAGCUUUCCAAGCCACACCUUCUGCCACAGAUUUGAAGUUUCACCUGAACACAGCCCUGAUUUCGACGAGACUGACCACAUAAUCCAGAUUUGCCAGCAACUGGAGAAAGACUCACACUGGAUGACAACAUGCAGUUUAGACGGCACGGGGUUCCUGAGCAAUGAAGCAUGCACCAGCCCAGGGAGCCAGUGGAGUGAAUCUUCCUCAGUCGACGAACUAGACGAUAUCCCGCAGUACAUAACUUUGGGCGCAGACCCUCCCACAGAUGACUUCUGGAACGGCUUUUGCCAACAGCUCCCAUUCCCCUGCUGACUUCACGACAGGGUGUCACUAUAAACCUUUUGGACUUUUGAGAGAGUUCUUCCUGCCACCAUCUCUUCCAUCCGACCCCUCAUCUCAGUUGACUCAUCAUCAUCGUCCUUCCGGUCUGUAAUGGACGAUGUCCACACCUUAAGCUACAGCUCUCCCACACGUUCCAUGUGUUUGAAGCUCGGAAAGUUUUCCUUAUCCCCCUCACCCUUUCUCUGAAGUCAUGAAGAGACAUUAUGAAGUGCCCUGCUGUGUCAGAGCAAUCAACACUGUUUAUUCUCUAUGUUUUUGGCUGGUUCAAGGCAUUUUGAUGUGAAUCUUUUUUACUCAGGUGGCCCAUGUAGCUACAUGAUCAUACUCAACCAUGAAUACUAACAUGAUGGCCAAAAUGCAAAAAGCAUCAUAUUCAUUGUGCUCAACAUUUGACUUGUAGUUCAUGUAUCAGUGAUAUCACAUAAAACGUUAUAUUUUUCUUCCGUUAUAUAAGCGUGAAUUUAAGUUUAAGGGAUAAGAAUACGUUUUGACAAACCUUCCAACUUCUGGUGAAAGCUCCAUACUGCAGGAUGUGAUGUUUUGUUUGCAGGUAGUGAUUGUAUAUAUUCUUGUACAGAUUGUUUUGUUCGUGUGUUUGUAUAAAAUAAAAAAAAAUCCAAAUGUGAA